GGCCAGCGGCGGAGGCGGGCUCUCCCGGUGUCGCCUCCGUUCGCUGCGGUCCUGCCGUAGGACCAUGAUCUGGCGCCGCUCGGUCCUGGCGGGGACGCGGCUCGCCCGGAGCGGGAGCGGCUCGGCGGCCCGGCUCGGCGGGGCGGCCUGCAGGAUGGGGACCAGCACGUCGUCGCCAGAAGCUGCUCCCCUGAGUCAGAUCCAGGAAACCAUUUCUGAUAACUGUGUGGUGAUUUACUCCAAGACAUCGUGCUCCUACUGUCACAUGGCCAAGAAGCUUUUCCAGGACAUGAACGUGUCCUACAAGGCGGUGGAGCUGGACCUGCUGGAGUCCGGGAGCCAGUUCCAGGACGCGCUGGACAAGAUGACCGGCGAGAGAACUGUGCCAAGGAUAUUUGUCAACGGGACUUUUAUCGGGGGCGCCACCGACACCCACAGGCUUCACCAGGAAGGGAAACUGCUCCCACUGGUCCACCAGUGUUACUUGAAGAAAAGCAGCAGGCCUGUUGGCGACAGUGUCUGAGGACGUCUCUAUGGGAACGGUCCUCGUGAAAACGUCGUUAAGGUGAUAAGCAAUAAAUCGCUUGUG